AUGGCAAUCCUCACCCGACAACCGUUUGCCCCUGUCGACGGGACACGGUUGCAGAGCUUGGCCAGCGUCAAGAAUCGGCAGAAUGCCAUCUCAGCCUCGCCCAUCAAGCGCAAGGCUUCCGAGGUGGAGGAUGUGGCCAACUCAGAGAACAUCGCUCCUGUAUCCUUUUCUCCCAAGCGCUCAAAGGGCGUUGAUUUCUGGGACGGCCUCAGCAAGGGCUUCACCAAGUCCCCUGCCUUUACCCUCACCAAAGCCGCCUACUCUCCGGUUGUCAAGGAUGUCCUCAGCAGCCCACCCAGCCGACUCUCGUCUGCGCCCCGGCCACGGGACAUCCUCCAGCCCAAGUCACCAGCCGCCCGGCUCAUCAAGGCCAAGAGCACAGCACCCUCCCCCUUGACAGCCCCAGCCGGCCGCUCGCCCACCCGCGCCUCCAAGCGCAUGGGCAUCCUCUCUCGCCGCCGCAUCUCCCGCCCAGACCCGCCAUCAUUCAGCCUGGGCGCCGCCAGCGUGCCCUUUUCCCUAGAUGCCGCGCUCAAGGGUACCAUCCCAAGCUACUCGGGGAGUCUGCGUCGCUCCGCCAAGAGCAGCAGCCGCAAGGCCUCCAGCACCAGCAGUAGUAGCAGUGGUAGCAGUGGUAGCAACGCGUCGGCCCCAGGAGACUUCUUCAUCCCCACCCCAGACACGAAAUCGUCAUGGUGCUUCAACAUCCACGAGGACACCCCGGAGCAGGAAAUGACCAACCUUCUGCAGCACGGCACCCACACGCUCGACAUCAGCAGCGACGAGGAAUCCGAGAGCCGCGCCAAGCGCGACCGUGCCGAAGGACGUGACAAGGAGAAUAUCCCGCCGCCCGAGGACGUCAGUCAGACGUCUACCGCGCGGGGAGUGGGUGGUUCUUCUUCGCGGUCUUCUUCCGAGGUGGGCCGGGUUGAGGUUGAUGAGGACGUGCUCCUUCUCAAGGGGCGGGGACCGCUGGCGGAGAUGAACGUGGCGGAUUUUUAUGCCGAGGGGUGCGAUAGCUCGAGCGUGUUCAUCGUACCCGGGGAUGAGGAGGAUCCUGAGGCUGUGGUUGUUGGAGAGGCCGCUGAAACUGCUGCUGAUAUCCCGCAGCAGGCGAAGCCGUUGCCUCCCCUGCCCGCGGACGGAGAGGAAGAGCAACAAUGGUUCGCUGCUGCUGCUGCUGCCGACGGCAUGUUGUCGGAGGAGCUGCACGCGCCGCAGGUCAGCCUCGAUGACGUCGAGGGCGUCGACGUUGAUGAUAUCAUGGGCGGCCAUGACCGAUCCGCCUUGGAAGAAGCUGCUGCUGCUGGCUUGGGCCCCAUUGAGGGCGCCGGCGAGAGCUUUGAGCUGUGGGAGAGCAACAGCUCCAAGGACGAGGGUGAUGCACCCUCGUCGCCGGCGCCACUGCCGGCGGAUGACUACCAGUCAGCGUCGGUCGUGGUGUUUUGA